UGUCUCUGUCUUCAGGGCACCAUGGGCCCGUAAGAUGCCUUCUCUGUGGAAACAGAUCACAUUCUCCGCGGCCUCGGUGCUCUGUGUGGGGUCGGUGGUCCUGUUGGUCGUGGCCUUGUCUACAGAGCGCUGGAUCACUGGCCGGAUUCUGUGUAAAACCGGCGCAGAGAUAGUCAAUGCUUCAAACCCUGAGAUGGAUCAGUUCAUGGGACACAUUUACUUCGGAUUAUUCCAAGGAGGAAAGACCAAGAACUGUGGGCUCGGGGAUAGACGCUCCAAAAUCUACAUUUUCCCCAAACUUGUGCGGACACUCAACGGUGGACUGCACAUCAUGGUCAUCCUCUUUCUGCUGGCAGCUAUGGGCUUUGCUGUGGUCAGUUUAUCCUUCAGUAUUUACAAUGCACGCAAGGUUCCCUAUCAGAGUAUCAAGGGCCACAAAGGACUCUACCUGUGGAACGUCAUUGCAGGUUUACUUGGGUCAUUGGGAGUGCUUUGUUUCAUUGCCGCGAUGAGACACCACAGGCUUACAGAGCGAGUAGCCAACUACGAGGAAAAGCUCUUCGUCUUGGUGGUGAUCUCUGAUAGACUGGACUAUUCCUUUUUCCUGGUUGUGACCAGUAUAGUGACUCACAUUGCUGCCUGUGGAGUAGUUGCCAUGAGUCGUAUCAAGCUGCCCAAACCUGAGGUGAAGAAACCCGAGGAGCCCACCAUUGCUGCCCUAGAUCUUCUCUAUUAAACCUCAGCAGAAUCUUACAGCAUCUUUACUGGGAACACAACAUUACGUACAGUUUGUGCUCAAAUAGGUUGGGUUCACAGCAUUCUAUAAUGAGCAAGAUA